AUGGUCUCACAGGACAGGAAAAAAGGGUCGGUUAAUUCCAAGAGACGUCGAGGACUGGGGGUCGUCACACCAAAUGCGUGCACCGAAUGCCGCAAGAAACGAGCGAAGUGUGAUGGCAAUAACCCCUGCGGACGAUGCACAUCACAGAAGGGAACCGAAUGCGUUUACGAAGUGCCUGUGAGGCAGUCGAAGGAGCACAUGCGAAGUGAAAUCGAGCAGCUACGAAUUCAACAACGACAGAGUGAACGCGUUCUCGCUGCACUGGUCUCAAACGACAGAUCAGAGCAAGUCCUCGACCAACUACGGAAUGGAGAGACAUUGGACACCAUAACACACAAAUUGGAUCAUUCGACCUCGGAGUCGUCAGGUUCGGGAGGUAAUGUCACAACUUUCAGUCGGCUCAGCGACCACCAAGCAAUCGACCAAGCAUUAAAACCUGCAAAGAGCACUGCUAGUUCUCCCACAUCGACACUUGCAUUCAGUGAUUCUUCUGGAAUCCCGCACACUUUGCCAACAGGGACUUGGCCCGCGUGGGGAGCUGAAAGCAGCAAUAGCGUACAGAAUGAGGACACCGAUAUGAUGAGAUGGGACCCUGACACGGGGCCGAGUCCUGACCAAGGGCAUACGUAUCCCUUGAUCGGGGGCUGGCACCACCAGUCUGGUUCCGAGUCCGACACGGCGAUUCAACAGGCCAGAGGGUAUGGACAGGAAACGAUCCUGGGUUCACCCUUCGGUAUGGAAGAGAACCCAAACCAGGAACAUCCGAAUUCCAACGAGGUGUGGACCAGAGUCACCUCUGAUGGUGCGCUCGUGGAGCACCUGAUGGCUCUGUAUUUCUGCUGGGAGUAUCCAACCUUUGCUUCCUUGAGCAAGGAACAUUUCUUGGAAGAUUUCAGGACGGGAAACCAAAGGCAUUGCUCCUCAUUACUGGUCAAUGCUCUUCUGGCUGUUGGCUGUAGAUUCUCCAGCCAGGCCAGUACUCGAGCAGAUCCUAACGACCCCAAUACUUCUGGGGAUCAUUUCUUUGCUGAGGCAUUGCGCUUGCUGGGCGAGCAACCAGAUCGUCACGUCCUGACCACAAUUCAGGCCUUGGGCUUGAUGUCCAUUCGAGAAGCCAGUUGCGGGCGAUCGAGUGAAAGCCUUUUUCUGUCUGGGCAGUCGAUUCGACUUGCAAUUGAAAUGGGAUUGCAUUUGGAUAUCAAUAUUUCUGAUUCCAAAGAGUCUGCGAUCGAGCAUGCAGUGCGUUCAGCCACGUUCUGGGGCGCCUUUUCUCUUGACCAAGCUUGGUCGUUGAGCAUCGGCCGACUGCCUCAUUUCUCACGCGACACGAAGCUGGCGACUAAGCCAGCUAUCGUUGAUCACGUUGAAUCUUCGGCAUGGAUACCAUAUACAGAUGAUGGAGCACCAUUGGAGCGGUCGUGCACUCAGCCCUCAAACGUUCGCAGCGUCUAUAAAACCUUUUGCGAGCUCUCCGAGAUUGUCCACAAAUCUUUAUAUACUUUAUACUCCCCAGGAACGCACGUUACUAGUAAAGCACUUCUCGAAGCGUAUACUCAAUAUCUAAACUGGUACGAUGAAAUUCCAGCAAGCUUGCGACUCGGGCACAACUUCACCCCAGCAGUGCUUUUCGCACACAUGUACUAUCACUACGCCAUUCUCCUCCUCUUCCGCCCCUUCAUCAAACUGGAAAUAGUCGGCUCCGGCGUCUCGCCCCGUGAUGUCUGCAGCCAAGCAGCGUCCGCCAUCUCCACGCUCGUGAAUUCUUACUCUCGACUCUACACCCUUCGCCGCACGCCCUCUUUCGUCCCCUACUUCGUUCUCACCUCAUCCAUCGCACACAUCGUGACCCUGGGGAACGCAAGAGAAGGACCGGAACAGUUGGAAAAGGGCAUCGCCGACCUCAAGGAGAUGACCUGCUGCCACGGCUUCGCGAUCCGCGCCCUCGACAUACUACGCUAUCUAAUCCUGCACUGGGACGUCGACAUAGAAUUCGAGGACGACGACGAAGGAGUCGCAGAGGGAGCGCGAGAGGGAGGGGAAGGAGGUGGCGAGGGGAAGUGGAAGCAAGAGAUGUGUCGUCCGGAAUCUACGAGCCUCAAUCAGUUCUGCCCGAAUGUCGAGAGCGUGGAUGUCGUCAAUGGCAUCGGGAGGGUGGUCUUGGGUGACAAUCCGCUGUUCUGGCCGUUUCCGCUGCAGGGGAGGCCGUUGCUGGAUGGGCGUGCGUUGGAGAUUGGCGGGUUCAGACUUGUGCCUUGA